AUGAGUACGUCUGGAGAUCAAUCUGGAUCUUCACAGCGAAAGUCAGGUCGUCGCAGUAUUCCAAUAGAAAAGAUAGAAAAGAAGAGCAACCUUCAAGUAACUUUCUCUAAGCGUCGAGCAGGGUUGUUCAACAAAGCAAACGAACUUUGCACUUUAACAGGUGCAGAGGCUGGUGUGGUACUGUUCUCGCCUGCUGACAAUGCUCAUUCAUUUGGGUAUCCUGAUAUCAACACAAUUACCAAUAAGUUCCUCUCCCCGGAGAACAUCAACAUAGGUAAUCAGGGGAGUGAGGGUCAUGAUUUGGCCCUGAUACGGCAAAGUGAACUAGAUGCUUUGGCCCGACUCGAGGGGAGGGUAGCUGCUGAGAAGGUACGGGGUGAAGAACUGGAGAAGUUAAGGAGGGAGAGUAUGAUACCCCUUGGAGGCCCAGGUCUUGAGGGACUCGGAUACGAGCAACUUCAAUCGUUGAAAGAAGCUAUAACUAACUUUGGAAAGGAUAUGAAGAAUAUGACUGAGGAAAUGUCCGUUGCUCCACCAGAACCAAAUAUGAGCAUAAAUUAUCCCUUUGGAAUGGGAAUAAGCACCAUGGUGCCAUAUAAUCAAUUUCCCGGACAAAGUGGCAACGGCAAUGGCAACAACAGCGGCAACAACAAUGGAAACGGCAACGACAAAGGCAAAGGCAAAGCUAAAUACUACGACUAA